GCUGGCGGGAGCCUUGUCGGCAAGGACUCUGGCUGGGAGCUGUGCAGGCCGAAAACGAACAAGUGCUGAACAUAGAAGAAAGCCCAGCUUGUCCUGCCUGGGCACUCCCCCCCGGGGCCCCUGCCACCACCUCAGACUCUGCCCCCAGACGGAAGCUUUUCUUCAUCUGCUCCCCCAACUCCGCCUGACGUCUUUUACCCUGGAGACUCUGACACUUGACUGCCACACAAGCCGAGGUGGAGAGACUCUGCGCCUUGUCCUGUCUGAUCAGCCAAGAUUCCUUCCCACAAGAAGAAGUACAGGAGGAGGAAGAUGGAUCAUCCCAAAGUGACAAGUCCAAAGGGUGGCUCAGCCGCCAGCAGCCCAUCCCCACCCCGCAGCGGAAGUGCGAAGGCCAAGGAGGAGAGCUGGGAAGCAAUGGCGCAGGGCUGCCUGAGCAGCCAGUACGAGGAGAAGGUGCGGCCCUGCAUCGACCUCAUCGACUCGCUGCGGGCGCUGGGCGUGGAGCAGGACCUGGCCCUGCCGGCCAUCGCCGUCAUCGGGGACCAGAGCUCGGGCAAGAGCUCCGUGCUGGAGGCCCUGUCGGGGGUGGCGCUCCCCAGAGGCAGCGGCAUUGUCACCAGGUGUCCUCUGCUCCUGAGACUGAAGAAGGUGACAGGUGAAGGUGAGCAGUGGACAUGCAGCAUCUGCUACCAGGAGUACAAGGCUGAGCUCACAGACCCCUCGCAGGUGGAGGCGGAGAUCCGCAAAGCUCAGAACUGCAUUGCGGGGAAGGGGCUGGGCAUCAGCAAUGAGCUCAUCAGCUUGGAGGUCAGCUCUCCACACGUACCCAACCUGUCCUUGAUCGACCUGCCGGGCAUCACCAGGGUGGCAGUCAAUGGCCAGCACGUACACACCACCUACCAGAUCAAGAACCUCAUCAGGACAUACAUCCGGAGGCAGCAGACCAUCAACCUGGUGGUGGUACCCUGCAACGUGGACAUCGCCACCACCGAGGCCCUGAGCAUGGCCCAGGAGGUGGACCCCGAGGGGGACAGGACCAUCGGCAUCUUGACCAAGCCGGACCUGGUGGACAAAGGCACCGAGGACAGGGUGGUGGAGGUGGUGAAGAACCUGGUGUACCCCCUCAAGAAGGGCUACACGGUGGUCAGGUGCCGCGGGCAGAAGGACGUGUGUGAGCAGCUGAGCCUGGCCGAGGCGCUGCGCAAGGAGAGGGACUUCUUCGAAAAGCACCCCCAGUUCCG